UAUCCAGCAAGAUGGUCAGUUUUGAGGAAGCCGCCGAGCUCGCCAAGAACUUCUCCAAGAAGCCCAGCGACUCCGAGUUCCUGGAGUUCUACGGUCUCUUCAAGCAGGCCACCGUUGGCGAUGUGAACAUCGACAAGCCCGGCGUCCUGGAUCUCAAGAAGAAGGCCAUGUACGAGGCCUGGAACUCCAACAAGGGCCUGUCCAAGGAGGCCGCCAAGGAGGCCUACAUCAAGGUGUACGAGAAGUACGCCCCCAAGUACGCCUAAAGCCUAGUCCCAGGAUUAAUCUCCUUCAUCUGUCAAAUAAACUCGAAAU